GGGGAAAAAAAUAGGCUGACAAUACAGAGAAGAAAAUAUGGCGAGGGAUGGCUGUCUUACUCGUAUCGUCGCCGGCGUUGCGAUCGGCGGCGCCGUCGGGAGCGCUGCUGGUGCUGUUUAUGGGACUUACGAAGCUAUUAGAUUUAAGGUCCCAGGAUUGCUGAAGAUCAGACACAUAGGGCAGAAGACACUUGGGGGCGCGGCAGUUUUUGGACUAUUUUUGGGAGCUGGUAGCUUGAUUCAUUGUGGAAGAUAAAUGCUCUACUUUGUUUUCUGCUCAUUGAUCCGGAGGUUCGGUGCAAAAUGAGGAAUCUUGUCUACCUUCAUAUCUUUGGUGCUUCUAUGGAUUUCGCUAUGUUUGAUAAAUUACAGCAGCAAUUGCCAAACUAUUUUAUCAGAAGGGUAGGAAGUUUAAGUUGUCAAACAUUUUGCAAUUGUUAGAUCCAUGAACAAUUGACUUGCUCUGUCAUGAGGUUAGGAUAUUAUUUAUUUGAUGAUGAUUGAUAUGCAUGGUGUCUUUUAUUGACCUUGGGUUUAGGGUAUGCUUGUUUCUGAUCUUUUUUUUUAAUUGUUAUUCUCAACAGUUGGUUUAAUUGUAAUGCAAAUUAAACUCAUCUUAA